GGAGACUUCAACCUAAGACUUCAAAUAUUUUCGCCUAAAAUGUGUAUUGAUUUUUGUUUUUAUAUUAAUAAAAAUGUGUGCUUUUUUUUCUCACAUAAAGAUAAUUCUAAUUUGAAAUGAUGUGACAUGACUAUACUCAGAUCCAUGACUUAUUACAGUUGUGGAAAUAGUGGAGAUUAAGCAACAUGGCGUCGAUGUUCAAGAAGCCGAAGAGGAACUUCAGAAGAAAAGGUUUAAACUUGGAUUCAGACAAUGAAAAUGAAGCUGUGCAGGCAAUGGACACUCAAGAACUACCCCCGAUGCUGCCUAAAACCGAGAAUGAUAAAGGAAAAGACGAAAAGAAAUCAAAAGGAUCAUCACGAAACAAGACCGUUGUAAGCUUUGAAUUGGAAGGCGAGGACGAGGAAGAGACUGAAGUUUUCAAAGUCAAGAAAUCCAGCCACAGCAGACGGAUUGCCAAACAGAUGAAGAAGGAACGCCGGGACAAGGGAAAAGACCCCUUAAAUAAUGGCAAUGGUAAUGGUAAAGAGAAAGAAGGAGCCAGUGACAGCGAUGAUGGAGAGGCACAGGGCAAGCGGGAUCAUGCUUACCGGAAACAGAGAAAGAAUGAAGAAGACGAAGCAAGGGCUGAGGAUAAGCUUCGGAAACUGAGGGAGGAGUUUCGCACUUUGAAUGGAGAAGAUGCUGAGGAGGCAGAGGACAGUGAUGAUGGGGACGGUCAAAAGACCUUCAAGGCCAUGUUGGCAAGAGGUGAAAUACCAGACGCGAAAACAAUUCAUUUUAUUCGCAAGCAGCGACAAAUGGCAAGAGAAACUGACAACUUUAUACCUAUCAAUGAACCCGAAGAAAAGUCUAGCAAAUCUUCCACUGCUAGGCUUGUCAGGGACGAUGACAACGACAAAAGUGAAGAUGAAGAGGACCAACGAGUUGACUUCUCUGUGAACAACGCUGCACGAGAAAGACAACAGCUCCGGGAUAAUUUUCUGGCAGCAGAACAAGGGAGUGAUGAAGACAGCGAUCAAGAAAGAGAGUGGGAGAACCAACAGAUCAGGAAAGCAGUUAGUCUUCAGAUUCCUGGUGUAGAGCUGCUCCCAAGCACAACCGUCAGUGACAACAACAGCAACGUGUCAUUCUACUCUUCGACCCAGACAACCGCAGCAGCGGGGGCUGAACUGCCUGCUUCCUCGUCAGACGAACUAAAGCCCUUCUCAGCUCUCUCAAAAUUUCAAAAUGCAUCGGAAAUUACCAUAGAGUCUGUUAGAAAACGUUUGCAAGAACGCCUUUCCAUCAUGGACACGGUGUACAGAACUCACAAAUUAGAGCUUGAGAGAACGCUCUCAGACUCUGCUGACACUAGAGACAGCAUUGAGAAUUGCCAGCAGAGUGCGCCACAGUUAGAAGAUCGAUUUCAGUUUUUCCAAGAAUUGAGGGGGUAUGUUCGGGACUUGAUAGAAUGCCUCAAUGAGAAGGUCCCACUUCUGACAGACUUGGAGCAGCGUGUGGAGAAUUUACUCAAGUCGCGAGCAUCACGACUCAUUCAGCGGAGACAGCAGGACGUGCAGGAUCAGUGUCGAGACUACAUGACAAACGCGUCCAGUGUGAAGAUGGACGUGGAGGCGGGGGAGGAGCUGGCCAGACAGAGGAGAGCCGCAGAGAGAGAGGCCAGGAGGUCAAGAAGGAGACGAGCGAGAGAAGGGAAGAACAUGGUUGGCCACCACGACGGCUUGUCCUCCGAUGAUGAGGAGAGCAGUCAGUCUCUGGCCCUCAAGUUCAAUUCUGAAAUGGAGGAGAUCGUCCGAUCCAGGGACACAAUGUUUGACGAUGUCGUCGACGAGUUCUCCCUAAUCGAACAUGUGAAGAAACAGUUUGAGGACUGGAAAUUUACCUACGGCGACACGUACCGAGAGGCGUACAUCGGUCUGUGCAUGCCCAAGCUGCUGAAUCCCUUUGUGAGGAAAGAGCUGCUGGCCUGGAAUCCUUUUGCUGAAAACUGUGUGGACUUUGAGGACAUGAGCUGGUUUACCAUUCUCCUAUUCAUGGGCUCAAAAGAAGGUGAUGAGAUGGAUCGGGGAGAUGAUGAUGUGAGAAUUUUGCCGUCUAUCGUGGAAAAGAUCAUUCUACCCAAAAUGACAUUUCUUGUACAAAAUGUGUGGGAUCCAAUAUCAACAGCACAGUCGACCCGACUGGUCAGUCUGACCCUCAAGCUGACCAACCAGUAUCCCACUAUUCAUGCAAAGAACAAAAAUUUUCGGGUCUACCUUGAGGCGGUGGUGGCGCGGCUCAGCAAAACCCUGGACGAUGACGUUUUCAUGCCCAUGUACCCUCUCAGCGUGUUGGACAACCGCUCCUCUGGUCCGGCCGUGUUCUUCCACCGACAGUCGUGGACGUGUAUAAAGCUGUUGGGCAAUAUUUUGUCCUGGCACCAGUUGAUCUCUGCCCCGACCCUGCAGCGACUGGCGUUGUCCGGCUUGCUGAACCGCUACAUCGUGGUGGGCCUGGUCUCUUCUCACAUCAACAGGGAGGCCCUGCACAAGUGCCAGGCUAUUAUCUCCACCUUCCCCAAGGAAUGGUUCAGCAAUCUGGAGGGGGACUCCACGGUCCCUCAGCUAGAGAAUCUGUGCCGGUAUUUAGUGAGUGCUGCCAAGACACUUCACAAAGCUACGGCGCUUGAAAAGGACUGCGACAGGCUAGAGGGGAGGGAACUCGUGAAACAGAUGAGCAAGCACCUGGUGAACAUCCACGCCAUGGACCACGCCAUGUCCCUGGCCACAGAGUUCAGCUUCAAGAUUGGACAAGUUUAAAUUAAAUCACAUGUUUAUUUGAUGAUAUAUGAGAUGAAGAUCUUGAUUUCUUUUGACCUUCUAGUUAUGAAGACACUGUUAUGGUCUACAUGCAGAUCACAAAUGUCUUUUCAGAAAUUUGUUUGGAAGGGUUUUCAUCAGUUGAAUCCCCCGCUCCCAUGAGUGAUCCUGUGCCUGUAACAGCUCUAUGUCAUGCCAGUCUAUGUCAUGCCAGUCUAUGUCAUGCCAGUCUAUCUCAUGCCAGUCUAUGUCAUGCCAGUCUAUCUCAUGCCAGUCUAUGUCAUGCCAGUCUAUGUCAUGCCAGUCUAUGUCAUGCCAGUCUAUCUCAUGCCAGUCUAUGUCAUGCCAGUCUAUCUCAUGCCAGUCUAUCUCAUGCCAGUCUAUGCGAGUUCAUGACGAGAGUUGUGAAACCCAUCUUGUCAGGUCCUCAGGGCAGAGGUGUUUAACCGAAUCUCUCGGGAUUGGGGGCAGACUGGGCGUACACUGAAGGUUGAGGGCUGAACUGGAGAAAGACUCACUGAGCAGUGGACGACUAAACCAUUUUGAUUUGAACUGGAGAAAGACUCGCUGAGCAGUGGACGACUAAACCAUUUUGAUUUGAAAUGACAUGUACUAGAACAGACAAAAACUAAAAUAAUAGCAAAGGAAGGCGUACCAGUUUUGGCUCACAUGCCAUCUUGUCUGCUGGAUGUUUGACAUCUUGUCCUGCCAACAAGUUUGUUCUUGAUUAGAGUAAAGUUCUGUGUCAUGGCUGGCCAACAAGUUUGUUCUAUUUCAGAGUAAAGUUCUGUCUUCUUCUAAUGGAGAUACUCAGGAUGGACUGCCUAAAAUUCUCUCGUGGGCCAGAUAUAAUUUGUUUGGUGGGCCGGAUGUGACCUUGGGACCUGUGACUUUAGGUGAUGAGAUGAGAGUGAUGUCAUCUGUCUGUUUUUUCUGAUAUUUUGGCGUAAGCAAGGAGGAUGGUGUAAGCAAAGAGCAUGGUGUAAGCAAAGAGCAUAGAGCAUGGUGUAAGCAAAGAGCAUGGUGUAAGCAAAGAGCAUGGUGUAAGCAAAGAGCAUGGUGUAAGCAAAGAGCAUGGUGUAAGCAAAGAGCAUGGUGUAAGCAUAGAGCAUGGUGUAUGCAAAGAGCAUGGUGUAAGCAAAGAGCAUGGUGUAAGCAAAGAGCAUAGAGCAUGGUGUAAGCAAAGAGCAUGGUGUAAGCAAAGAGCAAAGAGCAUGGUGUAAGCAAAGAGCAUGGUGUAAGCAAAGAGCUUGGUGUAAGCAAAGAGCAUGGUGUAAGCAAAGAGCAAAGAGCAUGGUGUAAGCAAAGAGCAUGGUGUAAGCAAAGAGCAUGGUGUAAGCAAAGAGCUUGGUGUAAGCAAAGAGCAUGGUGUAAGCAAAGAGCAUGGUGUAAGCAAAGAGCAUGGUGUAAGCAAAGAGCAUAGAGCAUGGUGUAAGCAAAGAGCAUGGUGUAAGCAAAGAGCAUAGAGCAUGGUGUAAGCAAAGAGCAUGGUGUAAGCAAAGAGCAUGGUGUAAGCAAAGAGCAUGGUGUAAGCAAAGAGCAUAGAGCAUGGUGUAAGCAAAGAGCAUGGUGUAAGCAAAGAGCAAAGAGCAUGGUGUAAGCAAAGAGCAUGGUGUGAGCAAAGAGCUUGGUGUAAGCAAAGAGCAUGGUGUAAGCAAAGAGCAUGGUGUAAGCAAAGAGCAAAGAGCAUGGUGUAAGCAAAGAGCAUAGAGCAUGGUGUAAGCAAAGAGCAUGGUGCUGAUGAUGAGCUGAAGUUCUAGUAGCCUUUGCUCACCGCAUGGACGGAACAAGUUCCGUUGGAGAAUCCAACUCUAGUUCAGUUUGAGAAUCCAACUCUAGUACAGUUGGAGAAUCCAACUCUAGUACAGUUGGAGAAUCCAACUCUAGUACAGUUGGAGAAUCCAACUCUAGUACAGUUGGAGAAUCCAACUCUAGUACAGUUUGAGAAUCCAACUCUAGUACAGUUUGUGUCCUUGUUGUUCCGGGAUUUAAAAAAAAAAAAAUCACUCUUUAUUGAUCCCUGUGCGGGAACUUUGGGUUAGAAUGGUAAUCAUAGAGAAGUACCGUACAUAAUUAAACACAAAAAUAUACACACAAAGAAUGCCAAAUGUACCAAUGCAGAACAAUUUGACGGACAACAUGCCAUUGCUGACGGCCAGUGUGUUUGUACAAAUCAAGUACUAAAACUUUAGGAUGUGAUGUCUCCCUCCUUUGUGGAUUUAUUCUUCUGUUACUUUCUGUUUGUUUGGGCAUUGUUGUGAUUGGGACUGCUGUGAAUGCAUGUGCUGGAGAGGGAACCACAGCUUGUGGGAAUGUCUGCUGCUUUGUACAUUUCCGAUUUGGGAAUUAAAAAAAAAAAUUUGGGGGGGGGGGGAGGGUUGGCUUAAGUUUUGUUUUGCCUUUCCAUUGGGAAAUUCUGGUGUGCAUUUUCUUGAAAAGAUGUAGACAUUGAGGUUGUGCUUGGUUGUUUGGAUGCUGCUGUUGUUGAAUCACAUUGUUCUGUUCUGUGUUGGAUGGAAACAUUAAAGAGUUGAUGCUGCUA